GAGGGACCGCAAACUUUCCUACAUGUAAACAAGAGCAACGCAAUGAAGGCGCUCCGUCGUAUAUCCGUCUUUCACCGUUCUCGAUUUGAAUUCACACCCAACAAGCACAGUACCGCAGACACAUCACCAUAAUGACCAGCACUCCAGCCCCCACUCCCUUCAUCGUCCCUCCUCCAACUCGUCUAACCUACUCUACUUCCGCCUCCUCAAGUAGCACAACCUUCACCCUCUCCCAAACCACCCAGAUCAUCGUCAUUACCUUCCCGUCGUCACCUCACGCAACUAGCCCUGUCCUCGAACGUCUCGCAGCUCAAGCAGCCGCUAAAUGGAACGUCGCUUCCCCACCCACUGUCCGCAUCCUUCGCGCAGAGGAGACUGUCCUUGACACCAUAACGGGACUCAAGAACGCGGUGAUCAUCUUGGAUGGUGCUACCGCCGAUGAUGUGACCGUAACAGAGGCAGAGCAAACAUACACCUCGAACCUCCUAACGCAACACCAGCUUGCCUACGCACGUCUGAGCGUCACGGACGUCAGAUCCUCGCGUCAUUGUGUCUCCAUCGCGGAGGACCGGGUGGUGAUUACCGCGUCCUCGCCCGUGGGGAUCGCGUAUGGGCUCACUACGGUGCAGCAGCUUGUUGAUUCUUCGAACGGAGAUGCAGAGGGUGGAAGCAGAUUGCCGGCGGUGGAGAUACUUGAUAGAGCCAGGUUUGCGUGGCGGGGCGUGUUGUUGGACUCUGCUAGGCAUUUCAUGCCUGUUGAUGUGAUUAUCAAGUUUUUGGAUUUGUUGGCGUAUCAUAAGAUGAAUGUCUUCCAUUGGCAUUUGGUCGACGACCAAGGCUGGCGACUAGAACUGCCGCAAUUUCCCGAGCUGACUGCUGUUGGCGCGUGGCGGGACCAGAAUGGCGAGCGGUAUGGCGGUUUCUACACCGCCGAGGACGUGAGACGGAUCGUGGAGUACGCUGCAGAACGGUUUAUCACUGUUGUUCCUGAGAUCGAGCUCCCAGGCCACUGCUCAGCCUCCCUCUCCGCCUACCCGCACCUCAGCUGCGUGGGCCAGCCCCUUCCCGUCCCAACCGACUGGGGCAUCUUCGAAGACGUUUACUGCGCCGGCAAAGACGCCUCCAUCGAGUUCCUCAAACAGGUCUUUGACGACGCGCUGCCCAUGUUUCCGUCACCGUUCGUGCAUAUCGGUGGGGAUGAAGUGCCGACGACCCGAUGGGAGCAGUGUGAAGAGUGUAGGGCGAGGGUGGACAAGCAGGGAUUGGACGGGUGGGAUGGAUUGCAGGCCUGGUUCAUCUCCCAACUCCUGACCCACCUCACCGACACGCACUCCCGCCUUCCCAUCGGAUGGGACGAGGUCCUCACGCACACCACGCGAACCCACCCAUUGCCUCCCCAAGCCACCAUUCAGUCCUGGAACGGCUUCCACCCCGCCUUGGUUGCCGUGCAACCCGAUGCCCACGGUAACCGACCCCACGCGUUGAGCGCGAUCGUGUCCCCGACCACCCACUGUUACUUCGAUUACGGCGAGGAUGUGACGGAUAUCAGACGGGUGUGGUCGUUUGAGGCGUAUCCGGAGGAGAUCAGGCCCCACUUAUCAUAUAUAUACAACGCCGACAAAGCAGAAGCGCGAAAACACAUCCGCGGCGGCGAAGCCUGCCUCUGGAGCGAGCGUGCGCCUCCCGACACCGUGUUCGCUAAACUAUACCCGCGCACAUGCGCCCUCGCCAGUCGGUUGUGGAAGAUCUUACCGGAGGAUGACGGUGCCGAGGGUGAAGUUGACCCGCUACCGCAGUUUGAGGACUUCCAUGCUCAGCUCGUCGAUGUGCAUUUACGCAAGCGGUUGGUUGGCAAGUGGGGCUUGAGUGGGUUGACGGACGGGCUUGGGAGGCUUUUGGGAGAGAGACGGGCUUCGUGGAGUUGGGAGCUAGUCUAGAUUAACAUAGACACAAAAUAUGUGGAGUCAAAGUGUGUAAUAAAACUCAAUACUGUACAGUACAGUACAGUAAAUUUGAGUGACCGCAAAUUAACCUUAAUUUGCUAAAUCAAUUCCAUGCUGCGCCACCGGGCCUUUCACACCUCGUUUCCCUCCGGCUCG